GACAGACUCACUCUCUGACAGCCAUCAUUCUGACAAUGAAAAAUCUAAUGAAAUCGACAAUCCUAGAAGAAAAGAAAAUUAAUUAAUUCAUCUUUUUAAAAAUAUAUUAACAGUUUUAAACAGGUCAUCAUGUCUCUUUCUCCAUUCUUCCGUAGUCCUUUCACCGACCUUACGGGUGGCUUGAUCUCCCAUCAACUAAUGGAUCGUUGCAUGAAAGAAGAAAGCCGAUAUAUGGAAUGUCUGGAAGCCUAUGGCUUAGAUCGCGGAGUCAAAAAGUGUGAGCACCUAUUCAGCGAUUUCCAUGAAUGUCAGACUUUGACAAAGCAGUUCAAGAGAUUUGUGGCUAUGCGAAAUGAGCGAGACAGGCAGAUAGCUGAGGGCAAGCUGAAGGGUGACCAGCAAUAUGUCACACCCAGGGUGGACAGUUACUAAACAGCUGUAGUUAAUGUAAACAAAAAAUAGUUGUUUUAAGUGAAUAUAAUUUAAUAUAAUCAAA